AUGGUAGACGCUACUUCAACAUCAGGUUUAAACCCAAGACAAUUCGCAACUCACACCUUGAACAAAGGUGCAACCUUCUGGUUCACUGGACUCUCAGGAGCUGGAAAGUCAACUCUCUCCUCAGCCAUCAAGGAAAAGCUUGAUACUAUGUUUGCCGACACUCAAAAAGUAUUCGUACUUGACGGUGAUGUUAUCAGAAAAGGACUCAACAAGGACCUAGGCUUCACUGCUGAAGAUAGAGCUGAGAACAUUAGAAGAAUCUCAGAGGUCUCCAAGCUAUUCGCCAUGAGUGGACAGAUUUGCCUCGUUGCUUUCAUCUCACCAUACAAGAAAGACAGAGAUUUCGGAAAGAGCCUCCACAAAGACUAGGGAAUUCCAUUUUACGAGUGUUUCAUCAAUUCAUCUCUUGACGUGUGCGAGAGUAGAGACGUUAAGGGUCUCUACAAGAAGGCCAGAGCAGGAGAAAUCAAGAAUUUCACUGGAAUUUCUGAUCCAUACGAAGCUCCAGAGUACCCAGACCUAGAUAUCCACACUGAUGAUCUCAAUCUUGAAUAGAGUGUCAGCUUUGUCCUUAAGAGAAUGCUAGAUGACAGAAUUAUUGUGUCUAACACCGAAACUAAAAUUGCUGAUAGUCUGAUUGAAGAAGACCUCAGUGAGUAGGAGAAGGUAGAGUUAGAUGCUCUCAAGUACAUUGAGAUUGAUGUAGAGCAAGCCGAGUACUUGCAAACUUUAGGCUAAGGAUGGGCUGCUCCACUAGACAAAUUCAUGAAUGAAAUGCAAUUACUUGAAGUCAUGCACAUGAAAACUCUGACUGACACUACUGGCUUCAAGCAUCUUUUCUCAGUUCCAAUUACACAGCACGCCACCAAAGAACAGUUCGAGCAACUCAAGUCAGAAGCAAGAAUCGCUCUCAGAUGCCCUAAGGUCUGCAACAAUGAAGUCCUCGCAGUCAUUGAGAACCCAGUUUUCUUUGACAAUAGAAAAGAGGAGAUCUGUGCUCGUAUCUUUGGAACCUUUUCACUAAAACACCCUAAAGUCGAAAAUAUUAUGAAAUAGGGAGAUUACUUAGUAUCUGGAUCAAGAAUGAGAUACGUUAAGAAGAUCGUAUUUAAUGAUGAGAUGGAUAGAUACAGACUUACUCCCAGAGAGAUUCACAACCUCAUUAAGGAAAGAAAUGCUGAUGGAGUGUAUGCCUUCCAACUUAGAAACCCUCUUCACAAUGGUCACGUUUUACUUCUCAAAGAUACCAGAGAAUAACUUUUGAAAUUAGGUUACAAGAACCCCAUUCUUUUGCUACAUCCACUUGGUGGUUGGGUUAAAGACGAUGAUGUUCCACUUAUCAACAGAAUGUUGCAACACUAGGCUCUUCUUGAUGAUGGUACUCUUGACCAAGAACAUACUAUUUUAGCUAUUUGGCCUUCACCAAUGUUCUACGCUGGUCCAACUGAAGUACUAUGGCACGCCUCCUCCAGAGCUAACUGCGGAAUCUCCCACUUUAUCACUGGAAGAGACCCUGCUGGCCUCAAGCAUCCUGAAAAUGAUAAAAUAGAUCUAUAUGAUGUGUGGCACGGUCAGAAACUCCUAGUCCAUGUGAAGUCAAUGAUCAACAAUGUUGAGAUUUGCCCCUUCAAGAUUGCUGCUCUCCACAAAGCUUCAAAUUCAAUGCAGUUCUUUACCAAGGACUCAAAGAAUGAAGACUUUGAUUUUGUGUCUGGAUCUAGAAUGAGAGAGAUGGCUAAACUCAAUAUUGAUCCACCUCAAGGGUUCAUGAGUCAAAAGGGCUGGGAAGUGCUUGCUGACUACUAUAGAAAACUAGAGUAGUUAUGA